CAUAAUCACAAGUUUCUUAGAACAAUCUGGUAUUGAGUCUCUCUCUCCUGUUGAAGCCCUCCCUCCGGCCUCCUCUUUGUCUCUCUCUAUCUCUACGCGCGUUGCCGGUAGAGAAAUGACCCAAGUUCUCCAAAUCUCUCUCUGUCUUGUAUAUCACUUAAGUUCUGCAAACCUCUAUUUCUCUCUCUCUCUAAAAUGGAGGCUUUAUGAUCUAAGUUCUGCAAAUCUCUAUUUCUCUGUCUCUCUAAAAACAGAGGUUUUAUGCAGCAAGAGCAUGUACGAGGGGCGUUGCAUGAAAGGAUGAAUUCCAAUGUUUUGCAUUUAUCAAUAAAAAGACUGUUACCACUGCACCCCAAAACCUUAUUCUUCUCUCACUAUAACCUUUAGAUGGCUUCUCUCUUAUCCUCAUCUAAUGGGCAAUGUUUACAAGAGAACCACAAGAAAAAGAAGAAGAAAUUAAAAAACUCUUCCACCACAACGGAGCAACAAGUCAUAGAGAACAGCAUUUACGGCAUACUGACAAUAGACAGAUGGGAAUCCCUGAACCACAUGAACUACAAACUCUCACCUCUCAGAGCUGUCCAUGGAAGGCUGGCUCUAAGGUUCCUUAAUUAUCUCAGCAAACAACCCAAUUUUAAACACAUGACUCAGUGCCUUUCAAUCACAACCCACAUAUUGGUUAAGGCCAAAAUGUAUGAUGAAGCCAAAGAAUUACUAAGAAACCUGACAAAGUUAGGACUUGGGCCUAAACUCCUCUUUGAUGACCUUAUGCUUGCUUAUACAAAGUGUAAUUCUAACCCAUCGAUCUUUGACCUCUUGAUUCGAGUAUAUAUCAAUGAUGGUUUGCUUGGAAAACAUUUCGGUCGAUGAGACUUAGGGGGUUCAGU